AUGGCAGAGAGCCCAAGAGGUUCACUGCCCAAUAUCGCGGCGCUAUCACCAACCACAGCAAGGCAGAUAGGUUCAGGUCAAGUCUUAGUCGAUCCCAGUUCAAUCGUGAAAGAGUUGAUCGACAACGCUCUCGAUGCCAGGGCGAAGAGCAUCUUUGUAGACAUCGCUACUAACGCCAUCGACACCAUUCAGGUAAAGGAUGAUGGUCACGGCAUUCCGAGUCAAGACAGACCCUUGGUAUGUCGUCGCUACUGUACAAGCAAGAUCCGUGACCUUCAGGAUUUGAGAGGAAUAGGAGGCAAGUGGCUGGGAUUUCGCGGUGAAGCACUUUCGAGCGUGGCCGAGAUGAGUAGCUCGAUCUUGGUCACUACGCGAGUGGAAGGAGAACCUGUCGCUGUCAAGCUGAAGUUUCAACGAAGCGGCGAGCUCGAUAAUGUCGAGCGCGAAUCGCACCCAGUGGGAACAACAGUGAAAGUCACUGGGAUCUUCGAGCACAUACCAGUGCGGAAGCAGACUGCACUCAAGAACGCUUCAAAGUGUUUGGCGAAGAUUCGGCACCUCCUACAAGGCUAUACGUUUGCGAGGCCAGCCGUUCGCUUCCGACUCCGCGUCCUGAAGGCCAAGAGUGAUAAGAGCAAUUUCGUCUACGCACCAAGUUCGAUAGUGAGCAUCGAAGAUGCUGCCAUGAAGGUGGUCGGUAAGGAUUGUACCCUACAAUGUGACUGGACCGCCCUACAAGCGGAAGGUUUUGAGAUACAUGCCUUUCUACCCAAGCCAACUGCGAUUGGGUCAAAAGUUUCGAACCAUGGCGCCUUCGUUUCUAUCGAUGGGCGUCCCAUAUCUAGCCGACGCGGGACUGUCAAGCAGAUGGUAACAGCCUUCAAAGCCCGACUUCGCAAGAUGAGUCCUUCAGUCUCCUGUGUCAAAGACCCUUUCAUAUGUGUCAACAUCGUUUGUCCGCCCGAUAGCUACGACCCAAACAUCGAGCCAGCCAAAGACGAUGUUAUGUUUGAAAAUGAUGAGGUUAUUCUUGAUGUCUUUAACCGACUGCUGAACACAUACUAUCCAGAGACUGCAAUGGUUCCGGCGAACGGCAAUCUGCCUGUCUCCGCCCAACAGCGUCAGUCGGCAGAAGCUGAAGUCUUACCUCGUCGCAUGUGCACUCCCACACAAGAACACGAUGCCGACUCUAAUCCAAUUGAUGGGGCUUCUGCAUCUGAUUCUCACGGACAGCCGCCAUGGAGAUCUAGCAUGUAUGGCAUAGAUGAAGAUGAUAUGCACUUUAUCCAGGACGGGCAGCCUCCGAUCGUCGAAGAAGAGGAGGGUGUACGGGCCGCAGAAGUAUCAAAUCCUUGGACCAUUGCGCGGAUGAACGCGGCAGUCAAGCCUAGGAGGCCAAUUGUUGUUAAUCCGUUGCUGAGCCCAGCGAAGAGUCAAUGUGGUUUAUCAUCACAAAACUCCACCACUACUGUCAAUGCACCUCGCCAAGAUUUGUACAUGGACCCUCUGACUCCACAAAGCUUGUCGAAGGUGAGGACGUCAAAUCAGCUCGACGACGAGCUGGUGGGAAGUAUCACCUACAAGGUACCGCACUUGCGAUGUGAAAAGGCGCAUGAUGUUGGAAAUCAUGAUCAGUCUGGCUCUCCUCUGAUGAGAGUGUCUGAGGUCCCUUCUCCAACCAACGGCAUAUUGACUUGUUUCAGCGGAUCAAAUCAUCGAAAAUUUGACAGCAAGAUAUCUGGUGAUGAUAAUAUUGUCAGCGCAGCUCAGAGAACGCAUUUCCCAAAGACAUCGAUCUCACAUCAGAAGCGGCAGAGGCGACAAGUGGCAUCCGUGAACAAGCCUUACGCCCUUGCAAUUCCAGCUACAGAAGAUCGUGACACAUGGUUUGGACAGCCAAUGGCAGGCUCUGGAUCCCAGUCCAAGUCUCGUCAGAUAAGUCGUCCGAAAGUUCAAGGUGCUGCCGUGUUCUCAAGUGAAAGAAUACCAAGUCCACGAAGACGUGUCGUCAACACUACGGACCGCACGAUGGCAAAUCAACUCUACUCGGAAGACAACACCAAUAUUCGUGACUUCUUUGUUCGUGUUAGCGAGCGAGAACAUGGCACUGUGUCGCCUAGACUGUCCAUGCCUACCGUUUCUUCGCCUCGAAGAAGUCACAGAGAGAUCAGUGAAAGUCCCGGAGACUUAGGAGAACAGCUUAGAGAUUACGCCGAGCGAGCAAGCCCUACAAGAAGAAAAAUCGUUAAGUGA